UAAUUUCCUGUAAAAUGAAAUAAGUUUAAUAUUUAUGUAUACAAGAAUAAGUUUACAAGAAGUUUGGUUAGAAAACUGACAAAAUGCAGUGCUUUAAAAAUUUAUUAAAAGUAGCUCCUAUUUAUACAAAUUUACUGAAUGAAAUACAUUUAGCUCCAAUAUUAGGAGCAAUUUCAAAUAAAACCACAGGUGUCAAACAUUUUAUCAAAUAUAAUGAAAAAAUUUAUCCACCACAGAAACCAGGUGAAGAGAGAAGACCUGCGUAUGUUUGUCACAUGAAACCAAAUAUUAAAUACAGUCCAAAGAAAAUGUGGUACAUUGCAAGCUUUAUCCGUGGGAUGUCUGUUGAUGAAGCUAUUAAACAGUUGAAAUUUGUAUUGAAAAAAGGGUCUGUAUCGAUUAUUGAAGCUUUGGAAGAAGCUAAACAUAUGGCUGUCACUGAUCAUAAUGUAGAAUUUGGAUCAAAUUUAUGGGUAGCUGAAUCGUUUUGUGGUAAGGGGAAAGUAUUCAAAGGUGUGAGAAAACACGCUCGUGGUCGUUUUGGACGUGUUGAAUAUAAACAUGUUCAUUAUUAUGUAAGAUUAGAAGAAGGUUCGCCACCGGAAAAUUAUUAUUUACCAGCACCUUUAACUCCUGAACAACAACUCGAAAAUUGGGUGGAACAAAUGCGAAAGAGAAAAGUUACAGGGUCCUUAUAAUUUAGUUGUAUAUUUAUUCAACAUGAAAAGUUGUUUACAAAAUUUGU